AUGCCUUUUCGCUUUUCAGUAAACGUCGACGCGUUAACUGUUGAGGUGAAGAAUGCAUCUUUGGAGCCGCUGUUGUGCUUGACGGCUUGGGAGCAGCAGUUUGCAAGACGUAUUGUCAUGGAAACGUCCUCCCCGAGUGGAGUCGCGGAAGGGCAGAGCCCUAGCUAUGGGGGCAGCACCAGCAUCUCAAGGCAUGCGACAGACCUGCUGCAGCAAACGAUCUCGUCGCUUGCUAGUCACGCGGCAGCACACGGCCUUCACUUUCGCAGGGCAAAGGAAGACGGAACAACUUCCGAACUGCAUGGGCUCCACUCUUCUGGGGCAGGCAUGUUGGGCGCGGAAUUACCGCAGUACAGACGGAGGGCUGCCUCAGCUAUAUCUCCGAGAGACAACCGCCGCCGCAGCAACAGUAGCAGCAGCUUGGGCGGGGGAAAGCAGACUGUGCGCACGGGGGUUGCAAGGCGUCAGGCAACGGAAGGGCGAAGACAAGAUGAUGACAACACUGCUGUAGUGAGUCAGAGUAGCUCAUCUCGGGAAUUACAUGGUACAACUCGUGAAGGCAAUACAGCCCGGACAGGCAACUCGGGCGGCGUGGACACCGAUCCAAAGCGGCAACUGCACCAACAGCAACAGCGCUACAUCACAUCUGAGGAUUCUUUGACCAGCAAUUCCCCUCCCACCAGUGGUGGAGGGGGAUGGCUAAGUGGGCGGAUUCGGUGGACGUGGGAGCGGCAGGCCGAACGCCAGACUCAUACGACUGCUGGCGUCCCCAUCGGCAAGAAGUCGAGGAACCCUUCUGCUGCCGAGGGAUUCCACACGGAAGUCAUAUCCCCGUCAGUGGCCGGUGUGGCUGCGGCGAAGUCGGCGGAGCGGCCUUUGGGGCAGAGGGUCCUCCCAGGCACAACCCGUUUUCGGGCAGAAAGCAGGAGCAGCAGCGACGCUACGGGGCCUUCGUCUUUCCUUGAUCCGAAUUGGGAGGCGCACGCCGACUUAAUACGUGCAGCGUUUGCUCAGCACCUAGAGCAGCUUUGCAGGUGUGAGCCGAAACUUUGUUGCCUUGGAGAGCAGCAGUUGCGGCUGGUCGUGAGCGCUCGAGACAGCUGCUGCUGCAGGAGCUGUCUCCCACAGCGUCUGAAGACGGUGAAAGCCUCAGCGCAUUUGGCGUUGAGUGGGUCCGGGGAUGGUCAGAGACGCACAACUUUCAAAUACGACGGCUCAUGGGUUAGCGAUGAGCGGCAUGGACACGGGGUGCUGGCCCACGAGUCUGUAGGGUACUUAUACGUGGGGCAGUGGCAACACAACAAGAAGUGCGGGGAGGGUCAUUUAUACUCCCGUAAAGAGCGCUACUGGGGCCAAUUCUUUGACAACAAGUACCAAGGACGAGGGCGAUAUGUUCAGCGCGAAGGACUCGAGUAUGAGGGAGAGUUUGCAAGGGGCCGUUUUGAAGGGCUGGGUAAACUGUCAAUCUCGUGGGACGAAGGAAAACAGACCUUUGGGGAGUGUCGAAAGGGCGUCGUUAUAAGGGGCAGUUUUGAAGGCGGGAAGGUGACGGGUGUCGUUAACGCGCCAGAGACCCUGCUCCCAGAGGGAUGUGGCAGCAUGCUGUACCGGGAUUCUUGUCUGUAUGAUGGUCAGUGGCGAAACGGCAUGCGACAUGGAGCUGCAGUGUUGACCAUCCCUGUGGGAGUUGUGAGGGGCGCGAGUGUGAGUGAGGGGAAGGGUGAAGAGGGGACGAUCACCGUGGAUGGACAGUGGUUAGACGACAUGCCAGACCCCGACGCAGAGUGGAGUGUCACCUUCCCGACGGGGGACAAAUACUUAGGCAAUCUAAAGUUCCCCUCCAUUGGCAGUAAUACGGGCAGGGACGUUGGUAAAGACGUGCACGUGGUGCCGACGGAAGGUUCGGCAAGGAUUGUACCUCACGGAUGGGGACUAAGCAAGCGAAAGGACACCGGAGAGGUGUACGAAGGCCAGUGGAUCAGUGGCAUGCGUCAUGGGAACGGAGAGUGCAUUACCCGGAGUGGCGCAAGGCACUCAGGUGAAUGGCGGUUUGGGCAUCCCCACGGGGAAGGGCGCUAUUUUGAUCCCAGUUCAGGCUCCACUCUUGAGGGCGCCUUCCACUAUGGAAAGUUUGUGGCGGAAAAUAGUCCAGGCUUUGUGAAAGACGAGGUAGCAUCUGAACGGCCGCCUGUGGGAAUCCCUAUGGUUCUAUUUGAGGCGUUUGAAAAGUUCCCACUAGCUGACUGCCCGUUAUUUCAGCCACGUAGCUAG